GCUGUAAAAGACAUGGUUCAUUCUUUUUUUAAACCAGUAAUAUCUUUAGAUCUCUCUCUUUCUCUCUCUUCUGUGUGUGUGUGUGCAUGUGUGAACACAUUUAAAAUAUCAAAAGUUCUUCACUAACAAAAGACCCCAGAACUCAAGAAUUCCCACUAAGAGAAAAAUGCUUAAAAUAUUCUUGGUUUCUAAAGCUUUGCUUAUGUGACUACUGUAGAUUUCCUGUUUUUCUUGUGUGCCUAGGAAACUAAAGCCACCUGGGAACGGUAUCAAGAAGAAAGCCUGUGAAGCCUUCUAAGAUGGGAAAGACAAAAGAAAGCUGGCAGGAUUGUGCUUGCUAAGGUGUGACUGUGCAGUAUCUGUGGCUUUUUCUGACCUCCUCCCACCCCUGCACCCAACACCCAUCCUCAAACUCACAUCGGAUGAUUCAGGCAUGGCUCUGCUAACACUUUAUUAAAAGCAUGGAUUAAUUUUACUUCCAAGUUUAUUUUUACUGCACCAUCCCAUUUGUGGAAACAACUAGCUUACUCAGCUUUUUUUCCUUUUAUAAAGGAAAGAACAGAAAAGUAAAAGGAGGAAAGAAAACAAGAGGUGAGUGAGGCAACUGAAAACUGUUCUUGGACCUGCCGUGCUAUAGAGCAGGCUCUUCUAGGUUGGCAGUUGCCAUGGAAUCUGGACCCAAAAUGUUGGCCCCCGUUUGCCUGGUGGAAAAUAACAAUGAGCAGCUAUUGGUGAACCAGCAAGCUAUACAGAUUCUUGAAAAGAUUUCUCAGCCAGUGGUGGUGGUGGCCAUUGUAGGACUGUACCGUACAGGGAAAUCCUACUUGAUGAACCAUCUGGCAGGACAGAAUCAUGGCUUCCCUCUGGGCUCCACGGUGCAGUCUGAAACCAAGGGCAUCUGGAUGUGGUGUGUGCCCCACCCCUCCAAGCCAAACCACACCCUGGUCCUUCUGGACACCGAAGGUCUGGGCGAUGUGGAAAAGGGUGACCCUAAGAAUGACUCCUGGAUCUUUGCCCUGGCUGUGCUCCUGUGCAGCACCUUUGUCUACAACAGCAUGAGCACCAUCAACCACCAGGCCCUGGAGCAGCUGCAUUAUGUGACGGAGCUCACAGAACUAAUUAAGGCAAAGUCCUCCCCAAGGCCUGAUGGAGUAGAAGAUUCCACAGAGUUUGUGAGUUUCUUCCCAGAUUUUAUUUGGACAGUACGGGAUUUCACUCUGGAGCUGAAGUUGAACGGUCACCCUAUCACAGAAGAUGAAUACCUGGAGAAUGCCUUGAAGCUGAUUCAAGGCAAGAAUCCCAGAGUUCAAACAUCCAAUUUUCCCAGGGAGUGCAUCAGGCGUUUCUUUCCAAAACGGAAGUGUUUCGUCUUUGACCGGCCAACAAAUGACAAAGACCUUCUAGCCAAUAUUGAGAAGGUGUCAGAAAAGCAACUGGAUCCCAAAUUCCAGGAACAAACAAACAUUUUCUGUUCUUACAUCUUCACUCAUGCAAGAACCAAGACCCUCAGGGAGGGAAUCACAGUCACUGGGAAUCGUCUGGGAACUCUGGCAGUGACUUAUGUAGAGGCCAUCAACAGUGGAGCAGUGCCUUGUCUGGAGAAUGCAGUGAUAACUCUGGCCCAGCGUGAGAAUUCAGCUGCCGUGCAGAGGGCAGCUGACUACUACAGCCAGCAGAUGGCCCAGCGAGUGAAGUUCCCCACAGACACGCUCCAGGAGCUGCUGGACGUGCAUGCGGCCUGUGAGAGGGAAGCCAUUGCAAUCUUCAUGGAGCACUCCUUCAAGGAUGAAAAUCAGGAAUUCCAGAAGAAGUUCAUGGAAACCACAAUGAAUAAGAAGGGGGAUUUCUUGCUGCAGAAUGAAGAGUCAUCUGUUCAAUACUGCCAGGCUAAACUCAAUGAGCUCUCAAAGGGACUAAUGGAAAGUAUCUCAGCAGGAAGUUUCUCUGUUCCUGGAGGGCACAAGCUCUACAUGGAAACAAAGGAAAGGAUUGAACAGGACUAUUGGCAAGUGCCCAGGAAAGGAGUAAAGGCAAAAGAGGUCUUCCAGAGGUUCCUGGAGUCACAGAUGGUGAUAGAGGAAUCCAUCUUGCAGUCAGAUAAAGCCCUCACUGAUAGAGAGAAGGCAGUAGCAGUGGAUCGGGCCAAGAAGGAGGCAGCUGAGAAGGAACAGGAACUUUUAAAACAGAAAUUACGGGAGCAGCAGCAACAGAUGGAGGCUCAAGAUAAGAGUCUCAAGGAAAACAUGGCCCAACUGAAGGAGAAGCUGCAGAUGGAGAGAGAACACCUACUGAGAGAGCAGAUUAUGAUGUUGGAGCACACGCAGAAGGUCCAAAAUGAUUGGCUUCAUGAAGGAUUUAAGAAGAAGUAUGAGGAGAUGAAUGCAGAGAUAAGUCAAUUUAAACGUAUGAUUGAUACUACAAAAAAUGAUGAUACUCCCUGGAUUGCACGAACCUUGGACAACCUUGCCGAUGAGCUAACUGCAAUAUUGUCUGCUCCUGCUAAAUUAAUUGGUCAUGGUGUCAAAGGUGUGAGCUCACUCUUUAAAAAGCAUAAGCUCCCCUUUUAAGGAUAUUAUAGAUUGUACAUAUAUGCUUUGGACUAUUUUUGAUCUGUAUGUUUUUCAUUUUCAUUCAGCAAGUUGGUUUUUUUUUUUUUCAGAGUCUUACUCUGUUGCCCAGGCUGGAGUACAGUGGUGCAAUCUCAGCUCACUGCAACCUCUGCCUCCCGGGUUCAAGAGAUUCACCUGCCUCAGCCCCCUAGUAGCUUGGAUUAUAGGUGCACACCACCACACCCAGCUAAUUUUUGUAUUUUUAGUAGAGAUGGGGUUUCACUAUGUUGGCCAGGCUGGUCUCGAACUCUUGACCUCAAAUGAUCCACCCGCCUCGGCCUCCCAAAGUGCUGGGUUUACAGGCAUGAGCCACCAUGCCCAGCCCUCAUUUAGCAAAGUUUUAAACAUAAAAAGUGCUUAUUAGAGGAUAUCAGUGCCUGGCCCACAUGAGAGAACAGAUCCAUACACACUUUGAAAAACCUUGUUCACUUUUAGGAAAUAUAAUUUUGAAAAAUCAUUUACAUACAAGAGGUCCACUGAGGCAUUGCUUUUAAUGGCAAAAUAUUGGAAUGUACUUGAAUGUCCUUCACAUUAGAUUGGUAAGAUAAAUUUUAGUAUGUCCAUGUACUGGAAUAUUAUAUAGCCAGUAAACAAAUUGACAAUGAAGCUCUAUUUGUACCAGUAAAGAAUGGUCUUGAAGAGAUAUUGUAAAAUGAAAAAAAAAAAAAAACCAAGUUGUAAAGCAAUGUAGAUAAUCUUAUCAGCAUGGAAAAAAUGCAAUUAUUAUAUGGAAGCAUGCAAAUAUAUCUCUGGAAAGAUUAAUCAAAAUCUAUUAUUAUUGGCUCCUUCUGGGAAGAACCAAGUGAAUGUAGGGGUUGAAGGAACACAUACUCUUCACUUUAUACUCUUGAAUUUUGUAAAGAAAUCUUAUUUUACCGAUUCAGAAAUAAAUAAGAAAAUGUAAGAGACAAUGCUAAUAAUGAUAACAAUAAAAAAUAGUGAAAUUGGCUAUCAGAUGAUGAAAUUGCUUGUUGCUUCUAGGAAUUACAUCAGCCAGCCCAAUGAGGGGUCUAAGACUAAGAUCUGAGUACUAGAAUGCAAAAAAUUUGCAUCCUAUUCUUGUUUUCAUUUUGGCCUGGUUUUUCGAUCCCUUCUAUUUGUUUCGAGACUAAGGCAUACACUUUUCUGUGGCCUUUGAAAUCUCAGCUACAGUAGCCUCUACUUCCUUUCUCUGAAUUCAAGUUUUAAGGUGUCAGAAGCAUAAAUUACCAAACAUUAAGAUUAAGCACUGAUAGGAAGGAUCCUGCCAACCUUGUCAGUAGUGGUCUUUUUGCGGUAGGCUCAGAUAGAAAGGACAAUGUGCCUUUCCAGAACUGAACCCCCUGAUGGGGGAUGAUAGACCCAGACACAUAGAGGCCUGGUGUUGACCCUUAAUUGUUAGAAUCUAAGAAGAUUCAGUUAUAGUAAUGAGUGGCAGACUGCUAGGCCUGAUGGAGAUAAUUCUGAAGAUGGCCAAUACAAUGGACCAGCCAUAGGGUUAAAUGGGACGGGGAGAAAACAAUCAAGUGAAGUAAAUGCUGUCUACCAGGAUGUUGGGAGGUAGCCCCGAUAAAGUGUCACAUCCAUAGCCUUGAUCUGAGCUAAUUUCAGACCCUGAACUCAGCUGGAGUGGAGGGUAGUACCCCAGGAAAGGACACUGCAACUCCAGGACCCAAAUAAGUGAUGAUUUCCCAAGUUCUCCUCCUAGGAAACCUCUGGAGCCAUUUACUAGAUACCCAUAUACUAGGGAAAUACAAACACCCAAAUAUUUCAAGGACCCUUGGAAUCAGGAUCCAAGUUGCCCAUGGUACCUAGAUCAUGGAAAGUCAUCAUAAAAUGCCUGUUAAAAUAGGGAACUAGGGCCUCCAGGUUGUAAUUAUAGUCUUGGCACACAUGAACUUACUGCAAUAUAGUAUUUGUUUGAGAUUUAAAGGUAAAGUUUGUUUCAAGACAGAUACCUUACUUUUCUGUACAUCUCCUUGGGAGUAUGUUCAGGCAUAGGUUGUGCUAAAUAAGUUUCUUUUAUAAAAACAAUAGGCUGAUGCAUGAGUGAUUAUUUUCAAUUGAUAAAAUCUCAUGAACUUUCCAGAGAUCAGUGGUAAUAAGUUGUUUGAAUUUUCGACACCAGGUUAAGGUCUCUGAGGUGGUUUAAAGGCUAUGAGGCCAGGUGCAGUGGCUCACGCCUAUAAUCUCAGCAACUUGGGAGGCCGAAGCAGGCAGAUCACUUGAGGUCAGAAGUUUGAGACCAGCCUGGCCAACAUGGCGAAACCCUGCCUUUACUAAAAAUACAAAAAUUAACCAAGUGUGGUGGCACACGCCUGUGAUCCCAGCUACACAGGAGGCUGAGGCAGGAAAAUCACUUGAACCUGGGAGGUGGAGGUUGCAGUGAGCCGAGAUUGUGCCAUUGCAUUCCGGCCCGGGCAACAGAGCCUGGGCGACAGAGUGAGGCUCUGUCUCAAAAAAUUAAAUUAAAUUAAAUUAAAUUAAAGCUAUGAGAAGAAACGAAAUUUUCCUGGUACAGUGUCCUUCUCUAGACCUCAUGUCUUACAGUCUCUGUGAAACUGGGCCAAAGAUAGAAUUUUUUUUUCUGUGCUUUAUACAGUGACUCAGACAAACCUAUGACCUCACACAAAUCUGUAACUUCAUGUAUCACAGUCUCUAUAAAACUAUAUCAAAGAAAGAAUUUUUCUCUGUGCUUUAUAGCGUGGUUCACCCAGAUCUGUAAAGAAAUGAAGACAAUUUUAGAGCUUUCAAUAUCCUGUAUUGCAUAUCAGGUCAAAUCUGAUACUUUCAAAACUGGAUAGAUCUAUUUCAGAUAUCUUUGAUGCUUGUAACAAGAAUCCCAUUCAAUGUUAUCUAAGGACUACAGUUCAAGAAGACUAAGACACUAUUCAGUCGGGGCACAAUAAGACCACCUUAUAAGCACGACUCAUCCUUCCUUUUCUGAGCAUGCUUUUGCCAUGUUUCAACGAUUCAGAGACAUUCUAGUGAAUCCCAUUUUGACAACAAAGUGGGAUCAAGAGACCCCAAGGCCAUCCUCAGGUUCAAUGACUCUUUAGAAGACAUGGAACUCAGAAAAAUUUUAUGCUCACAGUUAGAGCUUAUUACAUCGAACAGUACAAAUUGAAACCAACAAAAGCAAAAGGGACGUGGACCAGAGUCUGAGACCAAGGAUAGGCUUGCAUUUGUGUUUUCUCCCUUGAGAGUUGCACAGACAUUAUCUAAUUCUCUCACAAAUAAUGUGUGACAUGUGUCAGCCAGGGAUGGUCACACAAACUUUAGUGUUUUUAUUAGAGGGAAGUCAUGUAGGAAUGGAGUGCUCAUGUGGCUGAUCUUAUUUACUCAGACUCCUGUCCCUUCAGAGGUCAAACUGGUAUGGUAUAACUUAAGACUUCCACCACAAAUCACAUUUUUAGCAUAAAGUACCUGGUGUCGACCAAGCCCUCAACAUGUCCAAAGCAUUAUUAUAAGGCUAGUUGUUCUAAGGGCUUACCUGUUAUGUCCCAGGAACAAGUUGAGGGCCAGACCUUUCUUACAGAGUUAACCUUUUAUUAGAUAGUGUUAAAGAAUGAAGAAGGUGAUAA